UCCCACCCACUCAAGCGACGUCGUAAAGUAAAGGAAGCAAGGUACGCGGGUAAGCCGCUAGUGGUGCUGCAGUUUCCCGGCGUUUUUCGGUGUGCGAUUCUCAGCACGGUAAAUGCACCUGCAGUUCUCUCGGUGUAUGGGAAACACGGCUUCAAGCAUGCCGUCGCCAGUGAUAGUGUCCGCUACAGCCAAGCAUACAGCUACGGUUAUUUUUAUGCACGGCUUAGGAGACACAGGUCUGGGGUGGUCGCCAAUCUUGGAAGCUAUACGACAACCACACAUAAAGUACAUCUGCCCCACUGCCCCAACAAUACCAGUCACACUAAAUGGUGGCAUGCCAAUGCCUGCCUGGUUCGACCUUUUCUCCUUGAACCCUAAUGGAGCAGAAGAUGAAGCCGGCAUCAAGAGUGCUACAGAAUGUAUUCACAGGUUGAUACACGAAGAGGAAAAACUUGGCAUUCCGUCGCACCGAAUUGUCCUAGGUGGAUUUAGUAUGGGUGGUGCCUUGGCUUUGUAUUCGGGCUUCAAGCUAUCAAAACCCCUCGCUGGAAUGUUAGGCCUCAGCUGCUGGCUACCUCUUUACAAGGAAUUUCCAGCAGGAGCUGCAGGAAACCAGGACACGUCGGUGCUACUUUGUCAUGGUGACAGUGAUGACCUAGUACCGCUCAAGUGGGGUGCCCUCACCUGUGAGCUUCUCAAAAGCUUUGUCAAGUCCGUCGACAUGAAGCAGUACCGAGGCAUGGGUCAUUCCUCUUGUGAAGAGGAAAUGAAAGACAUCAGCACAUUCCUACAGUCCAGGCUGCCACCAGUGUGAAAGUGUAGAUGUAAAGAGUAAGGUCAGGCAAUCACAUGAACCGCAGGGGGCAACAUUUUCUUUCUACCGCCUCCGCACCUAGAGUGGCAGAGUCAUCAUCCAGCCAUCCUCACACAGAAAUAAAUACACUGCACAUGCAAAACAGUGAAAUAACUUUA